ACAUAGACUCUAUGAGCCAUACUGACAUAGCGCGGCCGUGCAUGCACAAAUACACAGUAAUAAUACUAAUAGUAAUAUAUAACUAUAUAUACAGCUCUAUAUCACUCUGUAUUUGUUCAUGCACAAUGGCUUGCGCGCUAUGUGUUGCAGCGGUAUAUUGUUGCAGCCUCGUUUCUGAGCUUUGUGCAGCUGCACAGAGGUACUUUGUCAUCAGGAAGCUGUUUUGGAAAGGUGGUGCUGUUGACAUUGUCGAACCCCCAGGCUAACUCUAAUAGCUAUGCGAGAUACUCAAUCACUGAUACUGGAAAUGAAACGGAUAUAUUAGUACGACUACAGCUCACCCCCUGACACAACCAGAUCACUCUUUGUUAGUAGGCAAAUAAUGACUAAAUUAUUUGGACUAACAUAUGGACUACUACUAGUAUUAUGACGCUGAAUGACAUCUAUGAUCAGAGCAGCAUUGUGAAACAUGGUGCACCUAAUAAGGAUGUAAACAAUGCUCAGAAUAAUGAAACGGUGAUAUCCAUUGGCAUCAGCACGGCGGUGGAUGCAGUGCCGCCCACACCUCCUCUAGUUAGAAUAUUGUGCCUCAACCUAACUCUCUUCCCAAGCUGGCUUCAGUUCGUUGCAUGUUCUGUCGGAGUCUUUAUCUUCUACCUGCUCUAUGGAUAUGUUCAGGAGUUGAUAUUUCGUCUCGAAGGCUUCAAGCCAUAUGGCUGGUAUCUAACUCUGGUGCAGUUUGGUUUCUACACUCUGUUCAGUUACUGUGAGCAAUUGCUAGGAAGAUGUCGCCGAAGUCAGAUACCGAUGCGAACAUACCUUCUCAUCGCCCUGCUUACAGUAAGCACGAUGGGGCUGUCGAACAGCUCCCUGGGUUACCUGAACUACCCUACACAGGUGAUCUUCAAGUGCUGCAAGCUGAUACCGGUGCUGCUGGGAGGCGUCGUGAUACAGGGUAAAAAAUACGGCUGGCUGGAUCUUCUCGCUGCCGCGUGCAUGAGCGCUGGUCUUGCUCUCUUCACCCUUGCUGACAGCCAUUUGACUCCAAACUUCAACCUAACAGGUGUUGCACUUAUAUCAUUGGCACUGUGUGCUGAUGCAGUCAUAGGAAACGUACAGGAGAAGGCCAUGAAAAUGCACCACGGCAGUAAUACAGAGAUGGUGUUGUAUUCUUAUGGCAUUGGCUUCGUCUACAUCCUGGUUGGCUUGACGAUUACAGGACAGCUGUUCGAAGCUGCAUCAUUCUGUGCUGAGCAUCCGUGGGAGACGUACGGAAACGCGGUCGUGUUCUCACUGACCGGAUAUCUCGGUGUCAACGUAGUGCUGACGAUGGUGAAGCUGUUUGGAGCUCUAGCAACAGUGACCGUGACAACAUUCAGGAAAGCUCUCACGAUCAUGCUCUCCUUUGUGAUAUUCGCAAAACCGUUCACUUUCCAGUAUGUCUGGUCAGGACUGAUCGUGCUGCUAGGUAUCUAUCUGAAUGUCUACAGCAAGAACAGAGACAAGGCGAACGUGAGUGCGACGCUGCUGCGGGUCGGUGGUGCCAUCUGUGGAGCACUGCGGAGAGCGAUAAACACGCGCUUGAAUGCAAAGUCUGUGGUAGGGCAUCCGCGGUUGAAAACGAUCGCUCAAACGGUGUGAUGUCCGUUACAAGAUUGUGAUAUUAUAGUAGUUUAGAUUAUGUGCAAGUGAUUGUGCUUUCAACAAACAAGUGGGGUGCGGGCAACCUCUGCCUUGAAGUGAGUGUCAAGGUUGAAUAAGAUUAGUGAAGGUUAGUGGUGCAAAAUAGGAUGGGAUUGGGUUGGUAAUCGUUUUGAUCAUUUACCUUCUGAGAAUCCUGGCCCCCACCCCAUGACUUACAUAGUGUGGUUACAUGGUUUUGUAACCAUGUAAGGUUUAAUAUAAGCUAGGGAGUUCGAUCAACAGCUAAAGUGCAACAGAUGUAUUAUUAUGUGUUAUCAAUUCACAGUUUGUUUAGAUUGUUUUCCAUUGUUUUUCUUUAUUCGUGCUGAAACUAUUGUGCCUUGCAUCUCCUGAAAUUUAUUCAUCUAGCCACACUGCUUGUUGUUGGGUGAGAAACAGGCAAAAACUCCUCAGAACUGCUUCUGGCAUUUGUGUAUUUUAAACGGCUAUAUAUAUAUAUAUAUAUAUAUUAUUAUAUUAUUAUUAUAUAUAACUACUGUAUUAUAAUUUCUGACUAUCUCAGAAUGUUGGUAUCGUUUAUACACGCACAUGGCAUUAAUCAGUUCAGUGCAAUAUAAGAUAUUGUUUCAGAGAGCAAGGCAAAUUGAUGGUUGGUGCAUAACUGUUUUAUAGUAUGUUAACAGUCUAUUCUCGUAAUACUGCUGUACGUCUUACGAUAAGUGUUGCGUUUCAUAAGUGCCUUUAUAUAUAUAAAUAUAUGGAUAUAUCCAUGUAUGUGAAGAACAUCAAAAAAACGACAUCAUUGAUCUCAUAUUGACAUAUUUCUGAUUGUCAUCGAGUUCAACUAAGAAAUAUGACUUAAAGAUCGCUUCCUUGUGCUUGUUAUAUUUUUUGCACUUCUGUGUUUAUGUGCGUGGCAUUAAAAUGCAUUUUCUACAAG